ACUCCACUUCUCAGGCGAGCUAAAAACUUCACUUCCCAUGAAUCAUUAGUGUCAUGUUGCGUAGGCAGCCAAUAUUGAUAAAGAAAAGCUAGCUAGAUGCAUUUCAUCAAAUGUUAAUUUUAUUUCGACAAUAUAUUUUAGAACCACUCUAUUAUUGAUUUGAAUACGUUGUUCAAAUUGAAAUUGUCGUGUGAUUUCUGUGCACUCGUUGCCACGGUGCAUUCAUCCGAAAUAAGAAGAACCGACCUUUGCGUACCGUCCAUGGAAACGAUGGUCGUUUUGGAAGUGACAGCCCAUUAAGAAGACGUCUAAUGAAAAUCUACUCCAACAUAAGAUACUCUGGCAUGGAUGAAAAGGCAAAUGGCUCAAUGGACACCAAAAGCCCUGUGGAGAACGGCCAGAUUGCAGACCCUGCAAACUGGGGUGUAGCAGAUGUCGUCAACUACUUUAAAGCCACGGGAUUUGAAGAGCAGGCAACUGCUUUUCAGGAUCAGGAAAUCGAUGGCAAGUCCCUGCUCCUGAUGACGCGCAAUGACGUGCUGACGGGACUGUCCAUAAAGUUGGGCCCUGCGCUGAAGAUCUACGAGUACCACGUGAAGCCACUGCAAACCCAGCACCUUAAGAGCAACGCCUCGUAGCAGCGAGGGAGCGAGCGACCGGCGGCCUCGGCGCCUCUGCGACAAUCAAGAUGUCAGUUGGAGACCCACCCCCCUCCCCCGAAUCUCCGACCCCGAACCCCCCUAGGGUAGUGGCCACCCCCUAUGGACUCCUCCCCUAGCCACCCUGGGACCCCACCAGGAAGAAGGGAAGGAGUUUUAAAUGCUGUAUGUUUUCUUAGUGCGUGCCUGGCUAUGGCACACACACACACACACACACACACACACACACACACACACACACACACACACACACACACACUGUCCAGUUCAGCUGUUUACCUUUCUAGAUAUCUUUAUUGAAUUUUUGAUUUUCUUUGUGUUUUGUAUUGUUUUUGUUAAUCAUUGGUAUUAUUAUUUAAAACAAAAGGAGAAAAAAAAGAUUUUUUGAGAUGUGUUGAAGAAUAGGGCUGGGUAUCGUGGCCAAUUUCCUAAAUAGAUUCGAUUUUGAUUCAUAAGGUUCUGAAUUGAUUAAUCACGAUUCUAUUCGAUUCGAUUCAAUCUGCUCUUAAAUAAUGAAAAUGGCUCAACUGUGUUACAAAAUACAAAUGUACUUUAUUUUUUCUCUUCACCUUAAACAACAGGUUUAAAGUGCAAACUUGUAAAUUGGACAAUUUAAACUUGAGCUGUAAACAAAACUGUCUCAAGUCUCAAAAGUGCAAUUUUGAAAUUAGUAAGGAAUUGCAAGUGAAAGUGUACUUGAACUACAACAUUCCAUCACUGCAAAUUGCAUUAAGGCAUGGUUUAUUAAAGUGCAAAAAUAAUAAUAAUGGUAACGAAACAAAACAAAAAAUCGAUCACAUGCCCUAUGAAUCGGUAUUGAACCAAAAUCGAUUAAAUCGAUUUUUUUACCCAGCCAUAUUGAAGAUAUCCUGCUGUGAAUCGUGUGUGACUGUGUACAAGUAUGUACGUAUGUGGGUGGGAACUUGAUGGUUUAAAAAAGAAGUUGUACAUAAGAUCAUAUUAUAAAGUGAAAUAUUUUGUGUUCUCUUGUAUUUGGAAGGCUUUGAUUACAAUUAUUAUUGUCAAAGGUUAUUUGAUCAAUUCCAUUUCGUCCUUUUGACUGUUAUUUUUAUCUGUAUAAUGCCUGAUUACAAUAGGAUCAUAGCAUGCAUUUUAGUUUUUUGCCCAUUCUCAAGAACAAUUCUCAACAUGCCCUGUUUUCUUGCACACCUACUGUAUCUGGGCUGUGCGGUCUUGACUUGGAGGUAUCGACGUGUAUAGACUGAUACUGAUUUAUAUGUUCUUACCUGUGGUGCUUUCAGCAUUGUCUCAGAGAUAAAUGUAUGGAAAUGUGUAUAUGACCAAUGUAUAUGUCCAACAUUACACUGGAGUUUGAAUAUAUGAAUCCAAGAUUUGCAAUAAAUGGUGCUCUUUUCUCACCCAAAGAACAA